AGGUGGUAUUGCGGAAGUGCUCUGAUUCCGUUUAGGCUUAAUUCUAUGUGGUCCAGUUCGGGAUGCAGUGCCCUGGCAGGCCUUUUAGGGGCGCUAUCCGCCUGCUGUGCCAAGCUUGCUCUGGGGACCGAUUAUGUGAGGGAUGCGUGCGAAGUUGUGGCGGGGGAUCGGGGAGGGAUGUGCGAGUGGGUUCAUCUGCUCCUCCGUCUUUGCUGCACUUGCCUCGUGUUUGUUUGUAAUGCUGUCAUGUGGACUUUCUUUGCAAAAGCACUAAGUUUAUCUUCCUCUUCUGCUACUGCAACUGUCACAACAACUGCUUCAAAUUUUGUCUUCUCGGCACUCCUUGGAAAGGUUCUGUUUGGUGAGGCCCGUGCUAUGUUGUGGUGGGUAGGAAUUUCAAUUACCCUUUGUGGAUUGCUCUUACUUCAUACUGUACCACCAUCCCAUGAAGAGAACCGUGCUAAGACAAAAGAAAACUAAGCCAGUGAAAGGAGUCAUGCUGAAACGGAAUAUAAAUAUUUAAAUAAAGUCUAUUUUUGUAUUUGG